GCAAGGCAUAUAUCUCUGCCGGCCAUGAAACUUGACAUUUUCCUGGUUUAAACCCGGUGGGAGAAUAUGAAGAAGCUAAUAGUGCAUAUCAACUCCUGUGAACAACUAACCUAACUAUUACUUGAUUAAGAAGCAAGAGACAUUGAUGCAAAAGAAGUUAAGAUCCACGACUCAUUUUCUAGAAAAAAGGCAAUCACCCGUAAUAAACAAAAGAAUAUUUUCCUCUAAAAACUUCAAAAUAGGAGGUUUUAUUUGCAAAAUCUAUAAAAUGUUACACGUUUUUUUUAACUAGUAUUUAUUAAUUAGAUUAAUACGUUUCGUCAAGGAAUUGGUAUCGCCUAUAUUUAGGUUUAAGAAAUAAAAAUAGUUGGGUUAAGAGAUUGAAACAGUGAGAGGCGGACUAGUUGAAAGUAGCCAUGAAAAGGGUCAAGAGGUCUAAGAAACGAGACGAAAGGAACGAUGUAAACGAUCCGUUUAUCAUGAUUCCUAUGGAACUCAAACUAGAGAUUCUCAUGAAACUGCCGCCGAGAUCCAUAGCCAGGCUCCGUUUCGCUUCUAAACACUUGUCCUCGAUCAUCCUCGGCAAAGACUUCACCGAGUUGUGCAUGACUCGAUCUUCCACUCAACCGCGUCGUCAUCUUGUCUCAGUGCACCGUGGCAGCGACAUGCAGCUCUUCCACUCCUUCUCUCAGGAGGAGCACCCUUCGUCUAACUCUAAUGAUCAUGACAAGGUUGGUUACACACUGGAUCCGGAUGUACGGUAUUUAUUUACUCCACCUGUUCGCGGCUUGAUCUGCGGUCGAAAAGGUAUCAAGAUGGUGAUUGGAAACCCUAGUACGGGCCAGUUCGUAACGUUACCUAGAAUCAAAACGAGGAAAAAAGAGAUUUUAUCUGUUUUUGGAUAUGAUCCAGUUAAUGAUGUAUACAAAGUGUUGUGCCUGACGGUGAUAACUCAACGUGGUAAUAUAGCUCGUGGUAUUAUAUCCCGUGAUUACUUUUUGGAGGAUGUUAUGGCGUGGGAGGCUAUUGUAUCCAAGGAACAUCAAGUCAUCACUGUUGGAGCUAAAAAUAAAUGGAGAAUGAUCGAGUGUAAGUAUCCACAUCGUCAUUAUGCUGGAAACCAUGGGAUAUGCAGGGACGGUGUUCUGUAUUACUUAGCUUCUUACAAACAAAAACGAUCGCUAAUGGGCUUUGAUCUGAGUACUGAAGAGUUUAAUGUUACUAAGCUACCCGACGAUUAUGAGCUACAAGAGUUUGGUAAUCUGGUGAAUCACAGUGGAAAGAUAACCAUAGCGACCCAGGUAAAUACCGGCGCAAUUGACCUAUGGGUUCAGGAUGAUGUCAACAAAGAAGUAUGGUCAAAAACUGCUUCUGUGGUUCCUUCUGUGGCUCAUAUAUGUGGGGCAAAUCAACGUUUAAUGUUCAGGGGUAUACUUCCUACUGGCGAGAUCAUAUUCGCACCGCUCCCAUCUCCCAACCCAUUCUUUUUUCUUUGCUACGAUCCCAAGGAAAAAAAGGUUAGACAAGUUGUGGUUGAUGGAAUUGGAGAUGACUCUGCUGCAAUCCAAGUCUUUUUCGAUCAUGUUGAGAGUUAUAUGGUUCUGUGAAAGGUAUGUUGAUCCCUCGAUGAUGCACGAACCUUCUUGUUUUUUCUUACUACUGGAAUUGUGACAUUUGAUCCACCAAUUUAUCCAGUCUUUUCAUCAGUGACGUUGUAUAUAUGCUUGUGGAUUAUAUAUGCAAGUAUGAGUUGAUUAUGCCCUUUUU